AUGGAGCAGCAGUCACUGCUGGCGUCUGCCUCGGGAUACGGCAGCGUCCCGGAGUCCGUCCCGCACCGAGCGAAAGCUGCGUCGCACUUGAACACGCGUGAGAUCUUUGGGAAUGCCCGCGACAUUGAGCGCUUGAGUCGGCACUUGGACAAUGGGAACCUCGGUGCUGCUAUUGACAGCUUCAUGGCGCUCGUCUCGGUCGUCUUUGCUGGCACAUACGUUGCCAAUACGUACAUUCCGUACAACAGUAUGCCCCAUUCGAUUUGGGUCGUCGAGUUGACCUGCGCGUCACUGUUCACGGCUGACUUUGUCUUUCGGGGUAUCUACCUUGCCGCAAGUCGACGCCGAGAGUAUCUGCUGUCGCUCACCACACUUGUCUACCUCGUCAACAUUUUGCCGGUGCUUCCAGCCUCCUUUUUCAUCCGCUACCACACGUUUUGGUACGGCGAGUCAUGGUGGCGCUUUGUCUACCCCUUGCGCUUUGCCAUGUGCUACUUCACCGGCAAAGCAGUGCUAAGCCGCUGUCACGCGGUCUUGACUCCGGUGCGUCAGUUCGCAUUCUUGUGCUAUCUGCAGAUUACCUGCAUUCUGUUGGGUGCUGCGGGCAUCAUUCAGAUUGCCGAGACCAUGGAUGGCAGGCUCUCCGUGAAGAACCUCGGCGAGUGGACCUUCUUCAACUCCUUCUUCAACUCCGUCAUGACAUUCGUGACAAUCGACAAACCACCGUCAGACAAUAACUUGUCCAAGGUAUUUGUGGGCGUGCUCGUCUGCGUCUUCAUCCUCGUCAUCCCGUACCAGAUCUCGAACGUGAUGGACUUGAGCAACUCCGUGUCAGCAUACGAGGAAGCUAGCUACAAGCCUUCGUCAAACAGCCGGCAUGUCGUGCUUUGUGGCGAUCUCACUGCUUCACGCAUCUGUCACUUCUUCCAUGAGAUCUUCCACAACGACCACAAUUUCGCUGGCAUUCACACGGUUGUGCUAAGUGAGGACCCUCCAGCCACGUCGCUGAAAGCACUGCUGCUGGACCCGUUCUUCGCGAAGCGUGUGUGGUUUCUCCAGGGAUCGCUGCUUGAUAUUGACGACGCAAAGCGUGCGGCUUGUGACUCUGCAGACGCCAUUUUCAUCUUGUCAAACCGCGUGGGUGACGAACAAGUUUCCGUCAGUGAUCACCGCACUUUGAUGCGGGUGCUUGCAGCCAAACGCCAGGCCCCGAACGUGCACAUUUUUGCACAGCUUCAUCGAUCCGUUCACUGUCAGCUCGUGCGUGACAUGGGCGUGCAGAACGUGCUAUGCCUCUCGGAGGUCGUGAUGUCUCUACUUGGUCAAAACUGUAUUUGCCCUGGCUUUUCGACCUUCAUGUACAGCCUCACGUCGACCUCGAGUUUUGACAGCGACAGCAAGGAUGGUACGCGAAGUGAUGACAAGCGUGCGAACCGUUCUAUAGCCAUCAACAACGGCGAAGGCUCUUGGAUGGAUAGGUACUUGCUCGGAGCGAGCCAUGAGGUGUAUGUGGUGGAACUGCCGCCGGCAUCCGUGAUUGCAGGCAAGACGUUUUCCGAAUUGGCUUCUCUCGCUUACUCGUAUUGCAAGGGGAUCAUUGUUUUUGCGGUUGCAGGAGACCACAAGGGCAAAGUGGUGCUGAAUCCUGGCGACUCAUACACGUGCGUGGGUGGCGAGACGGCGUACGUGAUUGCUCAAACCCAAGCCGAUGCCAGCGCGCUAACAGACCUGUCGCCGAACGUGUCGAUGCCGCUGGCGUGGCGAGAAAUGCAAGUUUCGUCUUCUUCGUCAUUCGCACGUAGCAAAACUGGCGCUAGUGAGGACAAUGAUGCAGACGAUUUUCCUAAACGGCACGAAGCGCGCUUUGUGCACUGGCAUGCCAAGGACCGCGAACAUCUCGAGCCUGAGGACGAGACUGAAGAAGAAGAAGAAGCAAAGGUCGAGAAGCCUUCUCUUGCCUCGAAGCGCGCUAAAGAUGCUGCUGUCAAUGACGUGAAAGAGCUUGGGCGGCUAGAAGUGGCGCCUAUCGUGAUAUGUAUGAUCACGGCGUCAGCUUUUGUCAAUGACCUGGAGCAUCUCCUUGGGCCUCUUCGCACUCGUUCUUUGAAACAGUAUCGUCCCAUCGUCAUCCUGACCGCAGAGCUCCCUGCUGACGAUAUCUACGAUGGUUUCAGCCACUUCUCUGAUGUCCAUUUCGUCGUGGGCGAUCCGUACCGUCACAACACCUUGUACCGAGCAGGCGUGUUGGAUGCGCAUCGCAUUUUGAUCUUGAGCACCUCCACGUCCACGUCUGACAACGGUUCUGAAUUGCUUCAGGAUGCGGAAUCUAUCGCGUUCCACAAGUUUAUCACGAGUUUCAUCGGCGUGAAGAAGGCACCGCGCGUUAUCACAGAGGUGGGGAACCGUGCCAGUGUGCAUUUCAUCGCGCAGAACUUGUUGGCAAACGGCUGGUUUCCCGGUCCAGACGGUGCGAAUGAGCUCACGGUUUUCUCCUCGUCGGAGACGUUCUCGCGCAAUUUUUUCCUCUCACCGGCAUUUACGUCUGGACUGACCUACAGCACGUCACUGUGCGACAGUCUGCUGAUCAACCAGUUUUUCAACCGGCAGAUCAAAAAGAUCUUGGGGGAGUUCAUGUUCACAUCCCGAGCGAGCGAUGUCUGGGCUGCUUUGCGUGGUGACGGGUCGAAGUCGGAGACCCAGCGCAGCUCUCUUUUCGCUGUGGAAGUGCCGCUCGACUUUGUUGGCCGCUCGUUUGAGUUUGUGUUUCACUAUCUGCUGUCAUCGGAUGAUAUUCUGGUCAUUGGACUCUAUCGCUGCCACGCGUACAUGAGCGCAGGCAGCGACAGGGAAUCCAAGGCGCGAGUUGAAGUACCCGAAAAGGACCGCAGUGUGCCUUUCGGCUAUGUGUACGUGAACCCACAGCCCUUUGAAGUGAUCUCGGGCAACGAUCUGCUAUAUGUUCUAUCAGACAAGCAACCCUGCUGGGUCGACCGUUAA